AUGUCCGGCUGCAAAGGUGGCGAGAAGAAGGCCCUGAAACAGCCCAAGACGCAGGCCAAGGAGACGGAUGAGGAAGGUAAGGCUUUCAAGCCGACAGAGGAUCAGAAGAAACUGAAACUGAAAGCAAAGGCCGCGGGGAAGGGCCCCCUGGCCAUGGGCGGAAUUAAGAAACCUGGCAAAAAGUAA